CUCACAUCCAAUGGACGGUGAGGUGGGUGGGACUUCCUGAGCCGGUUGCUAUGACAAGCACGGCUUUUCCUUAGCAACCGGCGUUGGGGCGGCGGUGCGGGCCGCGGCGGCGGCGCAGUGUCCUCUGGGCUGAGAAGUUUCCCCUCCUGCUGAAGCUGCUCUGCCUGUGUUCACAGAGCCGUGUUCCUCUCAGCCGCCUGAGCUGUCUGCACUGCAGCACCUUGCUGAGCUCCGGGCAGCUCCUCUGCCCCUUCCCGGGGUCACUGUGGAAGGGCCAUGGCAGACACCGGGGAGGGGAAAAAGGAGGAGGCUGAUUAUAAAAGACUUCACAGCUUUCCACUGAUUAGGCACACAGACAUGCCGGAGGAGAUGCGUGUAGAGGCCAUGGAGCUGUGUGUCACAGCAUGUGAGAAAUACGCCACCAACAACGAGAGCGCUGCCAAGAUGAUCAAAGAGAUGAUGGACAAGAAAUUUGGGUCCUCCUGGCAUGUGGUGAUUGGGGAAGGUUUUGGCUUUGAGAUCACUCACGAGGUGAAGAAUCUGCUGUACAUGUUCUUUGGUGGCAGCCUGGCCGUGUGUGUCUGGAAGUGCUCCUGACAUCUGGCCGGGUCCCAGACUCGCUGCAUACAAGAGAUUUCUUCCUUCUCUUGACAGGUUUUGUACAAUCUGGAGGUGGGGCUUUAUUUUUAAUAGUUAAACGUCAAGAUUUUUUUUUUUCAUACUGACGUAACAGUUCCGUGGGAUACAUAUACUUGGUGCGUGUGUGUGUAUAAACUUGCUAAGCUGUCCUGUCCUUGCUCGUGGGAUUUCUCAUCUGUCUGUGGCUCUUUCCUUGGUGUUUGAGCCGAAGCAGGAAGGAGGUGGGGAAUAGGUAAUCUCACGACACACUGCAGAGCCAUACAGCAGUGCUAGGAGGGGGAAGCAAAAGAGAAAAGGUGCUAUCUAGCCCUACGGGUUUUUUUAGCUCCCAUUUGUUCCACAUUGUGUCCUCUCUUCUCUGCCAUCCCCACUACCAUGUGGUAUGGCUCUGACCAGCACCUGUCUCUCCUCUCUCCGAAUGCCGAGAAUACCUUCUUCCCCUUUCUAAGAUGUCCGAACAGAACUGGCAGUGCCAAGGGUCUCCCUUUGGGCUGCCCGUGGAGGUGUUAGCCAUGGGAAAGCAGACUCGGCUUGCCCUUCCCCUCUUCUUUUGGGAGGGCACAACAGCUGAGCUGUCUGGGUGUAGGAGGUUGCUAUGCAAACUGCCCCCUCCUUUCUCACCCACCGCACGCUGAGAUAGCAUGAAAACACAGGCGGCUGACGACGCCUGCGGAGUGGGUGAGAACUCUUCAUAAGGCUCAAAUGCCUCCCUGUCAGUUCUUGGGGGUGUUGCAAGUGCUGUGUACUUUCAGCAUCUUGUUUGGAGGCUGGUAGAGGAAGGAGGCUCCAUGUGAGAUAUCACUUGGUCAUCGGAAACCUAAUGUCUUUUUGGACUUGCGUUCUUUUAGCCCGUUUCAUUUUUUUUAAAGCUGUCAAUGUUGGAGGAUGGAAUGAACGUAAUUGUAUGUUACGUGUAUGGCUUAUUUAUAUAAAUCUGGGGAACUGUUUUUACAAUAAAAAUUUAGUAAAAUGUU